GGAUGGACACAUAGGAUAACAUGCCGGGGAUGGACACAUAGGAUAACAUGCUGGGGAUGGACACAUAGGAUAACAUGCCAGGGAUGGACACAUAGGAUAACAUGCCGGGGAUGGACACAUAGGAUAACAUGCCGGGGAUGGACACGUAGGAUAACAUGCCGGGGAUGGACACAUAGGAGAACAUGCCGGGGAUGGACACACAGGAUAACAUGCUGGGGAUGGACACAUAGGAUAACAUGCCGGGGAUGGACACAUAGGAUAACAUGCCAGGGAUGGACACAUAGGAUAACAUGCCGGGGAUGGACACAUAGGAUAACAUGCCGGGGA